AUGGAAAGGAUCACGGAUAAGAUCGCAGCCCUCAGGCCCAAAGAUAACUACUUCUCACUGGAGUUCUUCCCACCGAAGACCCAGCAGGGCUUUUCCAACCUCAAUGCCCGUCUCUCACGCAUGGCGCACUCGCUGCGCCCGCUCUUCGUCAAUGUCACCUGGGGAGCGGGUGGCAGCACGUCUGCUAAAUCGCUGGCACUAGCGGAAGUCACUCAACGCGAACUCGGCCUCACCACGUGUUUGCACCUCACGUGCACGAACAUGUCCCGAAAGCUCAUCGACGAGGCGUUAGAACAAGCCAAGGUGCUGGGCAUCCGGAACAUCCUCGCCUUGCGUGGUGAUCCGCCGAGGAGCGACGAGUAUAGGGAUGAUUCCUUACCAGAUGCGGAAGAGGAUGACAGCAACAAAGAUUUCACAUGGGCCGUAGACUUGGUGAAGUACAUACGUAAGCAAUAUGGCAGCUACUUCUGUGUUGGAGUGGCUGGAUACCCUGAAGGACAUUCAGAUCAGUCACACCCAGAACAUCAGUCAGUGGAGCAUGACCUCUCUUACUUGGUAGAGAAGACCAGUGCUGGAGCGGAUUUCAUCAUGACGCAGCUCUUCUAUGACCUCGAUGCUUACCAGAGAUACGAGAAGAGGCUUCGCGAGCAUGAGUCUGGUGUCUUCAAGACGAUACCAAUCAUCCCAGGCCUCAUGCCGAUACAGAGCUACCAGAUCCUCCGCCGCACCACAAAACUCAGCCACGCUGCGCUUCCUCCAGAGAUGCUGAGAAGAUUGGAGGCAGUGAAGACGGACGAUGAAGCAGUGAAGAGAGUCGGCGUGGACAUCCUGAGCGAGAUUGUGGAAAACAUGAAGGGCAUGGACAGCUCAGGCCCGCGGGGUUUUCACUUCUACACCCUCAAUCUUGAGAAGGUGGUGGCCCAGAUUCUGGAGCGGACCGAUCUCAUUCCUCCCGAGAAACUUGCUCUCAAUGGCGAGUUCAAUGUCUCGGCAGACGGAGAAGCUGUUGCAGUGGAGGAAGCGGACGACUUCGUGUUGGUCGACGACGCCAAGAAGAAGGAGCACAGGCGGAAGUCUUCUAUUGCCAAUUCUCAGGCACGAAAUCGCGUAAUUGUCUCAAGAACACGAGCCUCAAGUACGAGUAGCAAUCGUACCUCGGCUUACGAAGCGUUCGAUGACGAAGCAGGUGUACCACAGGAGAAGAGCAACAGUCAUGCUAAUACGCUUGCGAUCUCCGAAGGCGAAGGUGCACUGGGGCGAGAAGCGACUUGGGAUGACUACCCGAACGGUCGUUGGGGGGACGCGCGCUCUCCCGCGUAUGGUGAAAUCGAUGGAUAUGGUGUCAGUCUGCACGUGAGCGUGCCCGAAGCCAAGCGUCUUUGGGGAGAGCCUACCUCGGCAGAGGACAUAUCAAGCAGCUUCAGGAGACACCUUGAAGGCGAGAUCAGCUCGGUCCCUUGGUCUGAAGAGAGCCUACAGCCCGAGACUCUUACCAUCAAGAAUGAGCUGCUGAAGCUCAUCAAUAAAGGAUGGUGGACAGUCGCUUCUCAGCCUGCCGUGAACGGCGUCCCUUCGACAGACUCAGUCUUUGGUUGGGGACCUCGCAACGGCUUCGUGUUUCAGAAGCCAUUCGUGGAAUUCUUCAUUCCUUCUGCAGAAUGGAAAUCUCUGCAGGCCAAACUUGACAAGCACCCGCAGAUUACGUACUUUGCUGGCAACGCAAAGGGAGACUUGGUGGCAUCGGAUGAAGAAUCCGUCAACCCGGUGACCUGGGGCACCUUUACGGCCAAGGAGAUCAUCACGCCCACGAUUAUUGAAGCUGUGUCGUUCAAGGCAUGGUUGGAAGAGGCGUUCGGGAUCUGGGCAGAGUGGCAGCGCAUUUACAAACCCGGAUCAGAGAGCAGUAGAUUGCUGGAGCGCAUUCGCAAAGACUACUGGCUCGCCAGUGUGAUCCAUCACGGUUUCCUGGAGAAGGGAGCGCUCUGGGAUGAUCUCUUGGAGGAGUGA